AUGCGGCUACCUCCGAGUCCACUGGCGGCGCCGUCGAGUCCAGCGGAUCGACUAAGUCCAUCAGAUGCCGUGGGACGAGUCCCUUCCAGUCCGGUGGGCCGACUCAGUCCUUCCGCCCGCAGGCGAUCGUCGGUCUCUUCUGGAUCUUGACGCUGGGUCAUUGCAGCGUCUACAUGUUGGGCCCUAGUAGGUUCGAGGGCUUUACCAGCUUUGUGCUGUUUGUUUGGUUCACCGGCGCGCCACUGGCAGUGAUGACCAUCCUGGAGGUUUGCAUUCGAGUUUCCGUGCAGGCAGGCCCAAUCUGGAGAUUCAAGUCUUGGAGGCGGAUGAUGAUUCCUCUUUUUCACCAACUCGAAGCCUUUGUCAUGGCAGUGAUGGCAUUCCGUGGUGGGAUGAGCAUCUAUUUGCUCCUCGUUGCUUUUUUGGGUGAUCAGUUUCCUACUUCCGUCUCUGACCAGGACAAAGCUACGGUGUUGGUGUUGUGUGGAUAUCGCGCCCUGCGCACGUGGGGAGACUUUCAUGGCGUCUCUGUUCAGAGCACCCUGCGAUGGCGUCGGCGACAAGCUCGGCGGCAAAAGUUUUGGAUGAACGAGUACAAGCGCCAGUUAGAGGAGCACCGCCAGCUGUUUUUCGUCCGGAUGCAGCGAUGCGUUGACAACCGGAUUUCCCAACUGGCUUUGUUUUUUGCAACGGUCUUCUACUGCUUCGUGGAGUUCCAGGACGCGUUUCCGCUGACAUCGUUGUUCUGGGGCUACAUGUUGAUUGGUGCAUUUUUCUGCGAGUUUCUUGCGCGGGCCAAAGCACAGGGCGGUGAAUACUUCUUCCGGCCAAUGUACAACAAGUUGGAGAUCUUGGUGCUUGCAGCAGGCACUUGGUGCUUAUUCUAUGCAUCCUGGUACACUUCGUACCUGGCUGAAUCCAAGCAAGAGAGAACCACUAUUGCAUACGCAACGGCUUUUCUCCUGCUGUUGCACCGAUGCAUUCGCUUGCUUGCCAUCAGAUUUCAAGUCUCCGGUAGCUAUUUGCACGCCAACACUCUGAUGAGUGCAAAGGCUAUGGAGAUUUUUAUGGCCAAGUAUGGCAGUUUGGUGGAGGUGGCACCCACCAACAUCCACGUGGAUGUGCCUGGCUCCAUGGUCCACAUCGAGAAAGCCACACUGAAGCCUGAAGCUUUUGAAGAUUUGCACCUGCCACUGACUCUAUCCGGAGGCCUCAUCGAGGAUUUUUUUGUGGAUUUCUUCACUCCUGAUAACGAGGGUGGUGGUUUCGCACGAGUCCGUACCAAUGGCAAGACCAGGGUUCGCAUCAAAAACUUGCUGCUUGUCAUGGGCCCUGGCCGCGGGCUGGCGGAAGCUGGUGGCAGCAGAGGUCGCAGGAUUCCUUGGGGUCAAAAUCUUCCAAGAAAACCCGGAGCUGGUCUGGGUUUUGGACACUUUGCGCAGAAGAUGCACUGGAAACUUCGGGUGGUACUGAAUUCGGGCGUGCGACGCUUCAAAAAUCUUCUCCAGGAUAGUGCUCUUCGAAAUUUGGACUUGGACAUCCGAAAUGCAUCGGUGCAAUUUCAAGAUUCCUCUGGCGCUCUGGGCUAUGGUUGCUUGAGUAUGGGUCUGAAAAUGGACUCGUUGAAGCUGAUGCGCCACGCCGGAAAGCAUAUGAACUUGCAUCUGGCACGCUUGUCCUUCUAUGUGGAGCCCUUUGGGGGUCAAGAGUCCUGGCAAAAGAAAUCGUUGACAGCAGAAAAGCCGCAGCGCGUGGUGCGCAAGAUGGUUCAACUGAACACAGCAGAUCGUCUACGGUCCUGGGCUUUUUCAGAGCUCCGGCAGAGAUUAGAUGCCACAGAACGACUGCAUCAAAUGGAAAGGUGGCCCGAACGGCACAACAUCCUGAUGAUUCCUUGGGUGUCCUUGAAUGCAGGUCCUGAAGCAGUUGGAGAGGUGCCGCCUGAGCGCGUGGCCUCGGGCAACCUGAGAGUCAGCCAUGGCUUGAGUAAUGCGAUCCGGAAACAGGUACAGCGGGUCACGCGAGUUACACGGUCACGGAUUAGCUCAGACAUUGAGGACCAGCAGAGCUCUCACCUCCACAAGGAGAUUGAGGAACAUUGGCACUGGAAGUUGCAGGUAAGACCUGUGAUAAUUAUGGUGGACGAUGUUCAGCUGGGCUGCGUAAGGCAUUUGCACCACUGUGUCAGGAGUUGGUGGGCCUGGGAUGCCGCGUUUCGAUGGAGGCCCAAGGUGACUCCCUUGGACCCCACGGUGAUGCCCAAGGAACGCCCGGCUGUGGUGCGCUUUUGGUGGUACUACACGCUGCACCGGGUGCUGGCCAAACGCUCUGGCCAACGGAGAAUGCCUCUGAAGUUCCUGGACCUGGUGCUCAAGGCUGGAUAUCGCUUCAAGUAUCGCUCAAUGCUGACCGCUGUGGUCGGACGGUCCGGUCCGUUGAUUCCUGGAAGUCGGGUGUUUUUGAAGCCCAGUCCUCAACAGCAGAAGCAGCUGCAGGAGCUGCAGAUGCACCUUGCAUAUCCUGACAUUGUGUCGUGCUACCGCGCUGUCUUGGCCAAAGCCGUGGGUCAGGGAAGCCACGCCAGCUACGCCAUUCGAGCUGCACAACAAGCAGAGGCAGAGGUGGUGGACGCCGUUGAAGUUGAACAGUUGGAGGCGUUAACGGAGGAAGAGGAGGAAGAGGAGGAAGAGGAGGAAAUGGUGGAAAUCAACAGUGCAGACAGUGCAGAUUCCUCAGAUGAGGAGGAUCCCAGCGGAAGUGGGACCUGGGAGUUGCGAUGGAGCGGUCUAGAGGUGUGGAUUCCUUUUUGGCGCCCUGGACAGCGCUACCGCCCUGUGUUUCUGCAUGUGACCUUCCAAGAUCUUGCGAUCGAUGCCGAAGUGCUUGAGAAAGAUGGUUCUGAAGGGAAAUUGGCUCCUUUCAGCAUGCUGUGUGCACUGAAAAGCUUCAGUUUCUCUUCUCCCGAGUGCGGCAAAAUUCAAGCUGCAGCUAAAGAUGUGGUGAAGAUCAAUCAGUUGGUCUCAAUGGCCCCCACGAUGUUCAACUCUGUCUUUCAUCUGGGGCCCAAAGACUGGGCUUGCAUUGGCGAACAAUUUGCGCUGAUUGUGCAGGCCAGGGCCAUAUCUGGGAAGGAAGUACACGCAGUGGUUCACUGCCCUGAAUGCAAAGUCAUGCUCUGGGAGCCACUGAUCCUGACCCUCCGCGCCUUCUUGAAUGAGCACUCCAAGGAGGAUGCGAAGACUCUUUCUGUGGUGCGAGGAGGACGCAUCACUAAGAAGGAUGGAAAAGUCUCGGCCAAAAAUGGGCGGAUUGGUCCAACGAGCGUCUCCGCCACAUUUGAAUCUUUUCUGGAAGUCUCCGGCUCGAUGCAGAGCCAGGCACCUGCUGCAAGUGAGCAGACCAAGCUUACAAAGAGACUUCAGAAUGCCCAACGCCUUUUCGAAAGAGUUGUGCUAAUUCAGGAAGACAUUGGAGUGAACAUCACUUUGAAUCUACGCGCGAUCCAGAUCUUCCAAAUUGGAAAGUUCAGCAGGGACCAACUUGGCAUCGAAGAAGCUCGUGUAUUUCCUCAAGACGUUUCUGCCAAAGUCUUGCGCUCGGACGAUCCAGUUGCUUUUACUUCGGGCCGUAGCCGGACUGGGACAAUGUGGGCAGAGUCGGGAAGCAAAAUGUGCUCCAUCGCAGGUGCGUUAGACGCCUAUGCCAACAGGUCAAGGCAAGCCAGGAGUUCCUCAUUUCCCUCACAGCCCUGGGUGGCUGGAAGCCCACUAGUGCCAGCUUUUAGACAGGAGGAUGCCGUUGAUGCGCCAGAGCUGCCAGAUGCCACUAAGCUCAACAUAGCUCGACUAAGUUCCACUAAGCUGAUAUGUACGAAGUGA